CAGCGGGCCGAGCCCCGCGGUGCUCCCGCCUCCGGGGGACUCGCUGCCCCCUCACGGGAAGGGUCGUGGCUCAGGCUGCGGGGUUCUGGGCGAGGGACAACCGUGGGCUAGAGAACAUGUCUGGGAUCAAGAGAGUGAUCGCAGAGAAGGACCCCGACUAUGAGGAUAUCACCAUCACACAUCCCAGCAAGCGGCACAAAGCAGCUGAACAGUCAGCUCGAGAUGUUACUGUGCAGAAGAUUGAGACUAUUAUAAAGGAACAGUUUGCUGUCGAAAUGAAGAGUAAAGAACAUGAAAUUGAAGUUAUAGAUCAGCGCUUGAUUGAAGCCAGGAGGAUGAUGGACAAGCUGCGUGCCUGUAUUGUGGCUAACUAUUAUGCUUCUGCUGGUCUCCUGAAAGCUGGAGAGGGGACCAGGUCAUGUGAUGCAACAAUUCUUAAUCACCCUUCAAUCAAGAAAUUCUUGGAAUCUCCCUCUAGAUCAUCGUCUCCAGCUAACCAGGGCUCAGACACUCCUUCUGCCAACCACUCCGAGAGCGACUCGCUCUCUCAGCACAAUGACUUCCUCCUGGACAAAGACAAUGGCAACUUGGAYGCAGACGAGCGGCUGACACACAGCCUGGACCAGAGACAGAGCAGAAAUGCUGGCCGGGACAGUUCGGGUGUUUCAAGCUCUCAAAAACCAGGACAACGAAAUGCCGGACUGUCAAAUGAUGAAACUUCACGACUUUAUGUGAAGAAAACGAUUGUGGUUGGCAACGUCUCCAAGUACAUUCCCCCUGACAAGAGAGAAGAAAAUGAUCAGUCAACRCAUAAAUGGAUGGUGUACGUCCGAGGCUCUCGGAGAGAACCCAGCAUAAAUCAUUUUGUCAAGAAAGUUUGGUUCUUCCUCCAUCCCAGCUACAAACCUAAUGACCUGGUAGAAGUGAGAGAACCUCCGUUUCACCUGACCAGGAGAGGCUGGGGAGAAUUUCCAGUGAGAGUGCAGAUACACUUCAAGGAUAGCCAGAACAAAAGGAUUGAUAUCAUACACAAUUUGAAGCUGGACAGGACCUACACAGGCCUGCAGACUCUUGGCGCAGAAACGGUAGUGGAUGUGGAGCUGCACAGGCAUUCUCUUGGUGAGGAGUAUCUCUUCUCCCAGUCUUCAGACUCUGAUCUUUCUGAUGUUCCUACAUCUUUAUCAUUGCCACUGAGUAUCCCAGCACCAGUCAAAGCUUCUUCACCAAUUAAACAGUUGCRGGACUCCAGCCCAGAUGCUUCUGUGGACAAAGGAUUCUCUGGGAAUGCUGAAACCGAAAGACAUGCCGCGUUUUAUUCCCUGCCAUCCUCGAUAGAGCGGACUCCCACCAAGUUAGCCACACAGAAAGUUGCCUUUGGCUCUCAUGGAAAUUCAGCCUUUCAACCCAUUGCAGCUAGCUGUAAAAUAGUGCCUCAAGGUCAGAGUCCAAGCCCUGCAGAGUCACCAGGAAAAUCCUUCCAGCCUAUCACCAUGAGUUGCAAGAUUGUAUCAGGUUCUCCAAUAUCGACCCCUAGUCCAUCUCCACUACCUCGUACCCCAACGUCCACUCCGGUGCACAUGAAGCAAGGCUCUGCUAGCUCAGUCAUUAAUAAUCCAUAUAUCAUUGUGGACAAGCCUGGACAGACGGUUGGAGCAGCAGCCACAAGCACAGGGAGCCCGACCAGCAAACUGAGCAGUGUCUGUCAGGCCUCUCACGGGACUGGAUCUCCUGUGUCAAAGACCCAUGGGAGCAGUUUUGUCACCUCAGCUGUCAAGCAGGAGGAUUCUCUUUUUGCCACCAUGCCACCCCUUUGUCCCAUUGGGAGUCAUUCCAAGGUGCAAAGCCCCAAAUCGGUCACUGGAGGACUUGGAGCUUUUACAAAGGUGAUCAUCAAGCAGGAGCCUGGGGAGCUGCCGCAGCAGGCGGCGGUGCCGGCGGCGGGCACAGCGGCACAGCCCUCGGUGCAGCAGUACGUCACCGUCAAGGGCAGCCACAUGCUGGCCCUGUCACCACAGAAACCCAUCGUGAGCACCGGCGAGGGGACGGUGCAGUCCAAGGUUGUUGGYGUCCCAGUUGGUUCUGCGUUGCAGUCGACAGUGAAACAAGCAGUGGCAAUAAGUGGUGGCCAGAUACUCGUGGCCAAGUCCAGCUCCUCGGUAGCAAAGGCUGUGGGUUCAAAGCAGGUUGUGACUCAAGGUGUAGCCAAAGCCAUCGUGAGUGGAGGUGGAGGGACAAUUGUUGCUCAGCCCGUGCAGACUAUAACGAAGGCACAAGUUUCUUCCACAGGGGCUCAGAAAAGUACAUCUCAAGGCUCAGUGAUGGCUACACUGCAGUUACCAGCCACCAACCUGGCAAACUUGGCAAAUUUACCACCAGGCACCAAGCUGUACCUCACCACCAACAGCAAGAACCCCUCUGGGAAAGGAAAACUGCUGCUGAUACCCCAAGGAGCCAUACUGCGAGCCACAAAUAAUGCUAGUCUUCAGUCUGGUUCUUCUACGAAUAGUGGAGGAGGAGGAGGAGGAGGAGGAGGAACACAAAGCACAAGCAGUAACUUGUCGCAGCACCUCACCUAUACAUCCUACAUCCUGAAGCAGACACCCCAGGGCACCUUUCUGGUUGGCCAGCCUUCACCUCAGAGCUCUGGGAAGCAGCUGACUCCAGCAUCAGUUGUUCAGGGCAGUGUAGGAGUUGGAGCAUCUUCCACACAAGGACAAGCCCUAAAAGUGAUAACUGGACAGAAAACAGCUCUGUUUACACAGGCUGCAUCUGGUGGACAGACAUCACUGGUGAAAAUAUCAGACGGGUCUAUAAAAUCAGUGCCUGCCUCAUCCCAGCUCUCCAAACCUGGCACCACCGUGCUGCGAGUGUCAGGAGGUGUCAUCACCACGGCUGCUGCUCCUGCCAUGGCCCUCCCCACAAAUGGGGUGGCUCAGCAAGCAGAUAAUGCAGGUUCCAGUUCAUCAUCUUCUGGAACUCCUGCAGCAAAGACAUCUGGACAACAGCACCAAAUCUSUGUAAGCCAGAGCCAAUCUACUUCAUCAGUGGUGAAUAAAACUGCGACUUCCACAGUUGUAAGUGUUGCUUCCUUGAUGACUACAGCAACGCCUGUGACGGGAAAAGCUACAGUAUCAGGGUUGCUAAAAAUCCACUCAAAUCAGUCUAGUCCACAGCAGGCUGUUCUGACAGUUCCCAGCCAGCUUAAACAGCUCGGUGUAAACACAGCUUCUGGAGGUGUUCAGACAAUACUCAUGCCUAUGAACAAAGUGCUACAGUCACUUUCUGCCAGCAAAGUUUCAGCAGUUUCAGCAGUCACAGCAGCAAGUACAGUUGUCCCAAGUCCCUCCACGGCAUCCAUUGCCAAAGUUAAGAUGGAGCCUGAUUCAACAGGACAAAACUGCAGUUCUGUGGGUAYCCCAGAAGGCCAAGCAGCAGUUAAAACAGAAGACAGCUCUGAACUUGGGAAUUAUGUUAUCAACAUAGAAUAUUUGGAGAACAUCCAGCAGCUUUUAACAGCAGUAGUGAAGAAGGUUCCAUUAAUUGCUGAAAAAAGUGAGGAUGUAAGCUCUUUUUGUGCCAGUUCAGUGGAACAGUAUUACAGCUGGAACAUUGGGAAGAGGAGGGCAGCCGAGUGGCAACGAGCAAUGACAGUGAGAAAGAUCCUGCAAGAAAUCGUAGAGAAACAUCCCAGGUUUCACAAUAUCACCCCCCUGAAAACAAAGCACGUGGUGCACUGGUGUCGGUGCCAUGGCUACACUCCCCCUGACCCCGAGACCUUGCGGAAUGAUGAGGACUCCAUUGAGGACGUGCUGACACAGAUAGACAAUGAGCCAGAAUGCCCUUCAUCUUACAGCAGUGGUGAGGAGCUGUGCCGAAAACUAGAGGAACUACAGCAAUUUCUGAAACAAGAACCAGAACAUGAAGAGGAAGUAGAUAUUCUCAACUUUAGCGAGCCAUUAAAAAUAAACAUUAAGAAAGAACAGGAGGAGAAACAAGAAGAGAUGAAGUUCUACAUGGCUUCCUUGCCUGCAUCAGAGUUUGUGAGGGACACUGCUGAGAAGAUAGGGAUUUCUUUUCAACCUGCUGAGGUACAAAAGAAUGUUUAUGCAUCAGUAAUAGAAGAUAUGAUUUUAAAGGCCACUGAACAGCUGAUGAGUGAUAUCCUACGGCAAGCGCUCGCUGUGGCAUACCAGACAGCUCCUCACAACAGGACUCCAAGAGAGAUCACAGUGAUGAAUAUUCACAAAGCCAUCUGUAAUAUUCCCUUUCUUGACUUCCUCACAAACAAACAUAUGAAGAUACUAAAUGAGGAGCAAUGAAAUAGAGCAGAGAAGAUGCUACAGGAAAGGUGGAUUUAUGACUGAAGUUGGGUUGACAAAUCCAGUAUUUCUGUAGGACACUAUUACAUACAUUUAUAACAUUGGGCUACUAGAUUGUUACCUCCAAUUAAAGAUGCACCUUAAUGCAACAAAAUGAUGCUCUGUUCCAAAUCAAGUUGUUAAAUGUCAGUGUUUACUUGGUAAGUGUAUGUUCAGUGGCUGAACAAACAUUGUCAGUUUGCAUCGAAUUGCUAGCUGUGAGAGACUCCACAGGCCUGGUCUGUCUGAGACAGCUCUGCUGGUGAGACUGAACUGGUUUUUAAGAUGAGAAAUUAUGGGUUUUGAUGCAGUCUACAUACGAGUUGGUUUCCCCACGCAGCAAGCAGGCACUUGCUUUGACACUCUGAAUAUGAGAAGCGUUAAAAGCAGCUUUUAAAGGUGGGCCAUUUGAGCCAAUGGGGGGAUUAGGUAAGGAUUUGGGGGAGCAGAAGGCUGAUGGAUGCAGCAAAUUUGGCUAUUCUUGCCUGAGCAUGAUGUACAUGAUUGGGAACACAGCUGAGUAGGCUUGUCAGUGGCUUACUCAGCUAAGUGUCACCUAACCAAAUUCCUUGCCUCUCUAGAGGAGGUGUCAGAUGCCACUUUUCUUAGUCACCUUGGUAGACUGGCACAUCCUCAAGAAGAUGAACAAACCACAAUCAGGCUUGGUAAGAUUUGAUUUACCACUUGUCCUGCCUGGGAAAAGAGAGGAACAAGGGUGGCAUUCAGGGUUUGUGGACUUGGGCUGGCUGAAAUGCUUUGCUCAGUGAGUGCCUCCCCUGGCUGUCAGAAGGUUUGGAGAGUGCUGGAAACCAGCUGUGUUGUACAAGUCUUAAUGUUUUAGCAGUGUUCACCAAUUACUAGCUUAAACUGUGAAGUGCUGGGGGAGCAGCACUGCUUUGACUUAAGUUCUGUUCAACAGAGGGCCUGGUAGGAUUGAAAAAUCAGAGAUUUGCUGCUUGUGGGGAGAUCCUCUGAUGUCUUGACUGCAGGAAGAAAUUCUGCUACUAACCCCAGCACUUACCUGUCUCAGGAACACCACUGGUGAGGGAGACAUGUCUGCAGCCUGGCUAUCAACACCUUGCUGAAGAAAGCUUCGUUGACAACAUCCUGACCACCCUACAUCCACCACCCCUUUGUUCUGCCCCAUGGGUGCUUGCUGGUAGUGUGAAUAAGCCAUUGUGAAGUUGGUGGAACUCCUGUGGGACUGUCAUGCUUUCAGCAUGCUUGUUUUGUCUGGCAGUGCUGUCGUGGGUGGAGCAUGGGCCAAACAGCCAGAACCUCCUGUGCGCUGAUCUCAGCUGGGUCUCUGAUCUGCUGCAUGGCCUUUGAAUUAAUCACUCUGUGCCUCAGUUUCCCCAUCUCUGAGCAUGGGGAGCAGGAUACCUACCUCACAGGGGUGUACUGAGGCCUCGCUCUUGUUGGUGCCGUGCUUUGACAAUACAAAGCCUUUUAUAAACAUUAAACUACAGUUACCUUUCUUGGCCUGGGGUAGGAGCAGAAUGUUAUCUUUUGGUGCUUUUUUGGGGCUAGAAGACAGGCGAUGGUAACUACAGUAGUGUGCAGGAACUGUGAAAAAUGCUUCAGUUAGAGCACUUGGAAGGAGAGUAGCAUAAGUUUGAUGCAGUUGUUAAACUGAAGAAAGCACUGUGUACCUCAGAUGAGAUGCCACCUGUCUUCUCCAACUUAAAUAAAAUUAGGGUCUGCAGGAAAGCCCCUCUCAGUUCAUCACAGCUAAAAGGGAGCUGCAGUUCUGUUGAGUUAUAAGAGUGGCAGAACCUGACCCAUGAAUACAGGAAAUGGGGCCAAUGGAUGAAAUCCAAACAGCAUUCAGAGAAGGACUUAAAUGCCCCCUAGGAAGGACGUUACAGAUGCUGUGGAUUCAAGAGCUAAUCCUGGCUUGUUCGGGUGAGCUGAGUGCAGGAUUGACUGUGAGAGGAAAGGGCACAGCUUAGCCCUGACAUUACUUUAUCAGCGGAGGUCAGUGUGACGAGUUGAGCAGCAGUGAUUAUGUUUCAGCUCAGUGUUGAGUUGGGAGGAAUCCAGGUAGAUGGGGAACUGCAGGCCCCAUGCUUUGCAGGCUGUAGUGAACUUGGGGUCUGUACUACUUUCAGGCACCCCUGUACACAGCUUUUACAAAAGAGAAGGGCAUUUUCAAAAUCCCUGUCAUUAUCAUGGCAGCCUUUAUGUUCUGUGGGAACAGCCUUUUGGGCAAACUAGUUGUGCUAUGAUCUGCAAUGAACUCAAGUACUGUAUGCAGUUUUGGAUGCCACAAUAUAAAAAGAGACAUUAAGCUAUUGGAGAGUAUCUAAAGGAGGGCCAUAAGGGUGGGGAAGAGUUUGUGGGGGAAGCUAUAUGAGGAGUGGCUGUAUGAGGAGGUCACUUGGUCUGUUCAGCCUGCAGGAGACUGAGGGGAAACGUCAUUGUGGUCUUCACCAUCCUCACGAGGGGCAGGUACCGAUGUCCUCACUCUUGUGACCCGAAGGAAUGACAUGAAGCUGAGUUAGAGGACGUUUAGGUUGAAUAUCAGGCAAAACUUUUUCACUUAGAGAGUAGUUGAAUACUGGAACAGGCUCCCCAGGGCAGUGACCACAGCACCAAACCUGUCUGAGUUCAAGAAGGGUUUGGACAACACUCACAGAUAUGUGGUGUGACUUGGGGUAUCCUCUGCAGGGCUUGGAGUUGGGCUCAGUGAUCCUUGCGGGUCCCUUCCAACUCAGCAUGUUCUGUGAUUCUAUACACAUGCAUUUCCAGCCCCUGUCUCUUGCAGGCUUCGUUUCUGGGAUUCUGAUGACACCCAGAGCAGCUUUUGAGGAUGCAGGAGUUUGUCUUUGGACAGGCAUCUGUUUGCAAAUUGUGGCUUUUUUUGCCUGUGUCCUGCUUUUCUGUGAGGAAAGGAGUUUCAGAAAGAAAGUCCUGAACUUGGCCCUCAAGCAGGCAGGGACAGACCUCUCGUUCUUAAUGGGGUUCUUGUAGUGGAGAUCUGUUGCUACAUUUCUAGCAACCACAGGUUAUUCUCCUAGGUAGGAGAUGGUAUAUUAAUAGUAUAUAAGGUUUGCUGAAGAAAAAGAAACUGUUAAAAGCAGAUAGAAAUGACACAAUUGUUUAGUUCUUCAGAUGUAGGAAAGUUUGCAACAAGUUCUUUGCAUUUUGAAUAGUGGUGGGAGAAAAAUAUGUCGGUGAGAAGUUCCUGUGGGAAUCACUUGGACAUAAGUUAGAGGUUGUGGAAUUUCACACAUCCCUUCAGGUGUUUGUGGAAUGCUACAGGUGCGGUGUGUUGAAAUGUUGCAGUAUAUUUCUCUGGCUUUCUGAAGAGUUAAAGAUUUCUUUACAARUAUUGCCCCUGUUUGUAAUGCUGAGUGUUUAAAUCCUUCAUGUUAUCUGUAUUAUACUGUAUAAUUGUGUAAUAUACGUAUGUUUACAAUAAAUUCUUUUAUUAGCUGUGCUAG